CAUAACAUAUGAGAUAAUGUUAAAGAUGGCAUUUGUGUGAGAGUGAAAUGAAUAGAGAUGGGAUAAAAUGUGGUUUAGUUACAUUCGAAAAUAAUAUUGUUUUGUUUGUAAAAUGUAAACCCAAACCACACAUCUAAAUUUUGCACAUUCUGAUAUAUGGAUCAUCAUCAUGUUUGUUUGGCUCUUUCAAACUUCCAAAUCCCAGAAACCAGAAAGAACGGAAUAUAUAUAUAAAUAAAAUCCACACUCAAAUGCAACAAACCAAUGCCGAAGACAUGAAAAUUCCAAAACCCAUCUCUCCUUUUAGGCUCUCCUCUCUUCUUCGCACCCAAAAAGACCCAACCCUAGCCUUCAACCUUUUCAAAAACCCAAUCCCAGACCUCCGUCCUACCGCUAAACCUUUCCGUUACUCCCUUCUUUCCUAUGACCUCAUCAUCACCAAGCUCGGUCGCGUCAAAAUGUUCCAAGAAAUGGAACAAGUUCUUCACCAACUCAAAAGCGACACGCGCAUAGUCCCAGAGGAGAUCAUUUUUUGCAAUGUCAUCAAGUUUUAUGGUCGGGCCAAGUUACACGACCGUGCACUGCAAGUGUUCGAUGAAAUGCCUCAGUAUCGUUGCCCAAGGACCGUAAAGGCUGUGAACUCGUUGUUGCAUGCGCUUUUGACAAGCGAAAAGUUUGAUGAUAUGAAGCAAGUGUUUUUGGGUAUGGAAAAAUAUGCCCGCCCGGAUGCUUGUACUUACAAUAUAUUGAUCCGUGCCUGCUGUUUAAAUGGGUGUUUGGAUGAUGCUUGGAACCUGUUUGAUGAAAUGCAGAGGAAAGGCGUGAAGCCAGAUCAGGUGACGUUUGGGACGUUGAUUAAUGCGCUCUGCGUGGAAUUGAAGAUAAAGGAAGCGUUUAAGUUGAAAAAUGACAUGGUUAAGAUUCAUAAAGUAUCUCCAAAUACUCGUCUUUAUGAGGGGAUGAUUACAGGGCUUUGUAGUAUUGGUGAGUUGACUUGGGCCUUCAGGCUUAAGGAUGAAAUGAUUACGAAUUAUAUGAAACCGAAUUCGGGUAUAUACAACACUUUAAUUAGUGGGCUUUUUAAUGUUGGGAGGCAGGAUGAGGCUUGCAGGGUCUUUGAGGAAAUGGAGUUGAAUGGGAUUAAACCGGAUACAACAACAUACAAUGUGAUGAUUAAUGAGUUUUGUAAGGUGAAAGAUUUUGGAUCAGCUUAUAGAGUGCUUAAAGAAAUGCCUGAUAAAGGGUGUAAACCAAACAUCAUUAGUUAUAACAUGUUGAUUGGCGUGUUAUGCAAAGAUGGGAAAUGGAGUGAAGCAAAUGAUUUAUUCGAAGAUAUACCAGGGCAGGGGUGUAAACCUGAUGUUGUGUCCUAUAGGAUGCUUUUUGAUGGGCUUUGUGGUGGAUCACAGUUGAAGAAAGCAGCAUUCAUUUUGGAUGAGAUGGUUUUCAAGGGCUAUGUACCACAUUCUGCAAGUAUACACAAAUUUGUUUCUGGGUUGUGUCAGGUAGAGAACAUGAAGUUAUUAUUCAGAGUUUUGGAGAGUCUAGCAAAACGAAAUGCCGUUGAUGAAGGUACAUGGUUAAUGGUGGUUUCUAGGGUUUUCCAGGAAGACGAUCAUAAACUGUGUAUUGCAUCUCAGAUUCUUGAUGAUCUGCUGCUGUAGUGCUGCAUUAUCCGAGUUGGUAAUUUGAUACCCUUAGGCAACUAUAUCAUUGGUUUGAGAAACAUCUGCGUACAGCCUGUGAAGGAAGUUUAGGGGUAACAACAAUCAUCUUGCUCUGGGUUUAAAAGCCUCCUACAAAUAACCCAAGCAAUAAUUGAAUUAAGUUUCUCUGUAGUUAAUUAAACUAAAUAUAAUAUAGUGAGGAUUGAGGUUUUA